AUGGCACAGCCAUUUCCAUCAAAUGUUCCUGGAGCAUAUAAUCCUCAAAUGAAUGGUCAACCUCAAUAUAAUGGACAACCUCCUCGACCGAUGCAUCCACAGCAAAAUGGUCCUUAUCCACCACCACAAAUCUCUAAUCAUUCAUCACCACAAAUGGUCAAUCGUCCACCACCACCACCACAAUCUCAAAUGAUGAACCGUCCGCCACACCCUCAAAUGCCGAAUCAUCCAUCAGGACCAAUGAUGAAUCGUCCACCACCGCCACCUCAAAUGCCGAAUCAUCCAUCGGGACAAAUGAUGAAUCGUCCACCACCGCCACCUCAAAUGCCUGGUAGUCAUCCAUCAGCACAAAUGAUGAACCGUCCACCACCACCACAAAUGCCUGGUAGUCAUCCAUCAGCACAAAUGAUGAACCGUCCACCACCACCUCAAAUGCCUGGUGGUCAUCCAUCAGCACAGAUGAUGAACCGUCCGCCAAACCCUCAAAUGCCUGGUGGUCAUCCAUCAGCACAAGCGAUGAAUCGUCCACCACACCCUCAAAUGCCUAAUCAUCCAUCGGGACAAAUAAUGAAUCCGUCACAAAUGCCACCACAACCUUCUCAUCAUCCAUCGGCACAGCUCGCCGGUCGUCGAACAUCUCAGUUAUCUCAAGUACCAACUCAACCUGGUAUGUUCAAUGGUCCGAAUACGGGUCACCCCGGUCCACUUACUGGUACAGUAAUUAAUACUAAUAAUCCAGAUAUUAGAAAUUUUGAACAAUCACAAGUUGUUAGUCCAGUAUCGAAUCGAUUAACACCUAGUGGUCAACACAUACCGUUACCAGCAUCAAACAAUAUAUCUCCGUUUCAACAGCCACAAAGUGGAUUACCAAGUUCAAAAUUUGAUGGGAGAGAAGUGUCAAGUGGCAUACGAACAGUAAGCGACGAUGAUGCACUUUCAAUUGUAUCUAUGAACAAAAAACAUCUGCCUGUUUUUGCACGAUUUCCAUUUGAUAUUAGUUUUCUAUCACAACCAAUGAGUAUUACUGGUGAUAAUAGUAUUCAAGAUCUUCGUUAUCGUUUAAUUGAAUCCGACCUUAAUUAUCAACGUCGUACUACUGAUGAAUAUAUUAAACGAACACGUCGUAUAGGGAUGGAAGGUGAUCCUGAUUCAAAAUUGGAUAUCGAAAGAGAAUUAGAAAUACAAAAAAUUCAAGCAUCGUUGAAUAGUGGUCGUGUAUCACGUCAACCUGUACUAUUAUCAGAUUAUUCUCAUGUAUCUCGUUCUCAAAUGAAACCUCUUAAUGAAAUUUUGGAAGACCGACGAUAUGCAUCAGAUAAUAUGGAUGAUUUAAUUGAUUCAAUGGCUAGACGACAUUUAGUUGAUCGCGGAUAUGAUUUGUCUCCUGAACGUCGCCAAAGUGGUCUUGGAAAUUAUAGUCCCUAUAUAGGAUCUUCACCAACCGGACGACGAAUGCUAUUACGAAGUCAACAACGAAACGAUGAUAUAUACUUUGCAAAUACACCACCGUCAAAUUAUUUUGAGCAUGAUGGCAGUCGAACACCUACAAAUGGUUUACAUCAUAUGCUUCGAUCAGGUAGUGAUCCUCAUUAUCCUUCUCAACCAGAUUACGAUGAUGGAGGUGCAAAUAAUAUAAUGCAUAGUGAUUCUUCUCCAAAGUUACCCCCUAUAUUACAAGGAUCUGAUACGAAUCGUUUCAAUCGACCAUCAUAUGCAACAAACUCAACUCUUUAUCUAGCUAGACAUAAUUUACAAGGCUAUAAAAAUUAUCAACAAUCUAUACCAUUAGGUUUACCUGAUCAUAGUGAACAUUUAAUUGAAUUGCCAAGUGAUAUAUUUCUUACAUCAAAAAGAGAAACAGUUGUAUCAGAAGAUUCGGAAUCAGAUGCAUCGGAUGAUGAUGAUGAUGAAAAUAAUUUAUUUAGUGAUAAUAAUAAUAAUCAUCAUCAUCAUCGUCGUCAUCGAAGCAAAAAUAGACAUGAAGAAGAACAAGGAUUUUUUACUGAACGAAGUCUUCCUAAAAAAACUAAAAAGAAAAAUAAACGUGUUCGACAAUUAUUUCGAAAAGCAAUUAUUGCAGUUCUUUUUAUAAAAGUUCUUAAACGUCGUGCUGUUAAAAAUCAUACAAAACGUUCACAACAAACAUUAAGUGCAACAAUACAUAAAAUUCGUUUACAAGAAAUAAUGGUUGCAUUACAUCGAGUUUAUCUUGAACCUGAAGGUCCAAUUUAUAAUGCAUUGAUUCAAGCAACAUCUAAUACAGUUGAUUUAAGAACUGCAUUGAAUGCAUCAUCAAAGAAUUAUUCAAACGCGAUUUAUGUUAUUGGUGAUGCAGUAAAAAAUAUUAUUUCAAGAAUUGUUGAUUUUAUGCCAAAGGAUGGUGUCCUUGGUACGUCAAAAAAUUCAGCUAUAGCAGCACUUAUUCAAAAUGGUCAUCCAUUUCCUGAUAAUUAUUUUUGGCAAUGUGAAAAAGAACUUCUUGAAUUUAAUAAAUCAAAACUUACACAUAUAACAAAACAACGAGCAAUACUUUUGAUUAUCGGUAGUUUUAUUUUUCGAGCACUUGUCACUACGCUUCUUACUAAACCAAUUAAAUAUCGAUUAUUACUUGGUCAGUUAACACCAACUCAAUCAGCUAGUCUUAAAGUUCUAGCAUCAAUUCUAUUUUAUGUCGGUCGACGAGCAGUUAAAUCUUCUCCUCAAAUACUUGCUUUGCCACAUGAAUGGAGUUAUUCAUUAUACAACGAUGCUAGUAUUAAGCCAAUUAUUCAACAUUCGGAAAUUAAACCAAUUAUAACAAAAUGUGAACAAUCAUUACGUGUAUGGUGUGAACAAUACAUUCGUCGUAUUGAUGCAAGUUUUGGCAAAGAAUUACGAUCAUAA